GAAGGAGAGCAGCGUUGAGUUGUCUAUGAGUUUUUAUUCUAACUGUAGAAACCUCUGCUACAUCGUUUCUCUCCUCCUAAUCAUCUCCCGAGACGAUGGGAAAUGAAGGCAGCAUCGAGGGAGAGGGCCAGCCAGGACAGCCCGGCUCCACUGUUCCUUCUGCGAGUGCUCCAUCUUCCAUUUCAGCACCAGCGGGCUCUGGACAGCUCAUCAAGCCCAGCAAUGGUGCGCCAACAGGAGGUACAGGGGCCGGACCCGGCCCGGGGAUUAACAGCGUCUCUGGAAGAACCCCCCAGCCAGACCCUGGGUCCAGCCCCAAGGCGGGGGUCCAGACUGGGCCUGGUACAGGGGACCGCCUGGCAUCCCAGGGGGAGCAGCAGGGCCAGGGCCACACCGCCCGUAAGAACCUCCAGGUGGACGUGGGUAGUAGCAGGAUGGGACGUUCCCCGUCGGUGUCCCCCGCCAUCACCCCCACCUCCCCCUACUCUGUGCCCCAGAUCGCCCCCAUGCCCAGCAGCAAGCUGUGCCCCGUCUGUAAGACAGCUGACCUGACAGGCACCACGGAGGACAACCAGCCAAACUGCAGCACCUGCACCCAGUGCCGAUCCAUGGUGUGCAACCAGUGUGGCUUCAACCCCAACCCGCACCUCACCGAGGUCCAGGAGUGGCUGUGUCUGAACUGCCAGAUGCAGAGAGCUUUGGGAAUGGACAUGGAGACACCUCGCUCCAAGAGCCAGCAGCAGAUCCACUCUCCGUCCCACCAAGCCAAACUCGAGCCCAUCUCUGAACCUCAAACUCAGCCCCCACCCCAGCCCCAGGCCCAACCUCAGCCCCAGGCCCAACCUCAGCCCCAGCCCCAGGCCCAACCUCAGCCCCAGGUCCAACCCCAGCCCCAGGUCCAACCUCAGCCCCAGUCCCAAGCCCCACCUCAGGCACAGCCUCUAACCCAGCACCAGGCUCCGACACAAGCCCAGCCCCCACCAGGCCCUAACAGACAGACUGGUCCAGGCCCAGGCCAGACCCUUCAACAGCAGAGAGGUCCAGUGGGUCCAGUUCCAGCCCAGGGUCAGGGUGGGGCUCGUCUCCCCCCAGGAGCCAUCCCUCUCCCAGGCAUGGCCAAAGCCCCGUCCCAGCCUGACCUCCGUGGCUCUCCCGCCCACCAGCCCCUGCCCCUCCGCCAGGACCACACCCGCAGCGCAGGGAGCUCCCCAUCCCGCCAGCCCCCGCCCCCGGCCGCUGCUCCUGAGCAGACCUUUGGAAAGCUGUUUGGAGGCUUUGGUGGCUUCGGUGCGUCCCUCCUCAACCAGGCCAGCACCCUCAUAUCAGUGGAUCCGGUACCCACCCCGCCCCAGCAGCAGCAACAUCCCCCCAAACCUGCCCCUAAACCAGCUGGACCCCAAGAACCUGCAGCUGGGGCAGGGAAACCACCAGGACCCCAUCCAGGCCAACAGGGCCCCCAUGCACCCCAACGGGGACCCCAUGCACUCCAACAGGGACCCCAUGCACCCCAACAGGGACCCCAUGCACCCCAACAGGGACCCCAUGCACCCCAACAGGGCCCCCAUGCACCCCAACAGGGACCCCAUGCACCUCCCCAGCAGCAGCAGCAACAGCAGCAGGAUAAAGGUGCCUGCUGUCCCCUGUGUAAGACGAGUCUGAAUGUGGGCGUGACUGCCCAACCACCCAACUACAACACCUGUACCCAGUGCCACGCCCAGGUCUGCAACCUGUGUGGAUUCAACCCUGCACCGCACCUGGAGAAUAAAGAAUGGCUCUGCCUGAACUGCCAGACCCAGAGAGCUUUGUCUGGGGCCCUGGGAGAUGCUCCACUUCCUGUUCCUCAGCCAAUGGGAUCCCCACGGCACUCAGCUCCAGCCAAUCAACAACAGCCUCAGCAGAGAGGGCCCAAUCAGCAGGCAGGGCUAUGGCCCACUGAUCCUCAACAGCAACAAAAACCACUGGGUGCCCAAGUAAGUGGCCCUCCUUUCUCCCCUGCCAAACAGAGCAAGGGGCCUGCCCAACCCUCCCCUGCCAAGGUACAACCCUUCCCAGGUAAGAGUGCACACUGCCCUGCUAAGGGUGCACCCUCCUCCACUAAAACAGCAUCCACCCCUGCUAAGGGCACACCCUCCCCUGCCAAAAAGAUAGGACCCAAUGCCCAGAGUAAGGGUACUGCCCAGCCCUCCCCAGCCAAGGGUGCACUGUCCUCUGCUAAAACAGCAUACACUCCUAACAAGUGCACACCCUCCCCUGCAAAACAGACAGGACUCACUGCCCAGAGCAAGGGUUCUGCCCAGCCCUCGCCUGUUAAAUUUGCAACCACCCCUACUAAGGGUGCACCCUCUCCUACUAAGAGUGCACCAACUCAACUUAAACCCAACAAGCAGGCCAGUAAACAGCAGCAGGGCCAGGAUAAAACUAAAGUUGUCCCCAAAGCUCCUAAGGAAAAUGAAGCCAAAGCCUCGCCCAAGAAGGGAGCACCUGAAGCCAUCACCACAUCACACGAUGAAAAGAAGAAACCCGUUGAAGAUUCACAGAAGUCAAAACACCAUGACGAUUCCAACAAGUCCAGCACGCAGAGCCUCAGUGACACGGGAUACUCCUCAGAUGGGUUCUCCGGCUCCGUGGGCGAGAUCACAGGCCAUAUCCGUGAGGAUCCGGGGUUAAAGCUGAGUGAACGUAGCCUCUCCAGCCCCUCUGAGAUCACUAAGUUAGAGAGCUCCAUGCGGCCACUGCUAGAGUCCAGGUCCAAGACUGCUACAGACCAGGGCGGGGAGAACAACUCUGACGGGGAGGUGUCGGACAAUCUCAGCUCCAAGCUGCGCCACGACUAUGUGGAGGACAGCAGCGAGACUGGUCUGUCCCCCUUACCGCCCAGGCAGAAGAAGUCCCAUAAAGAAAUGACAGAUGAGGAGUUCAUGAGGAGGAAGAUCAUGGAAAUGAGCGCUGACGAGGACGAGAUGGAGGAGGAGGCAGGGUACGGCUACCAGAAAACGAAAAACAAAAAGGAUUUGGGGAAGGAGAAACGACGCAGCCUCACCCACCAUUCCAGUAGUUUUGAGGAGGACACCAAGGGGGUAGAUGACGAAGACGAUGAAGGUAUGAUGGCUUCCCAAGGAGGCCUGCGGCGGUUUAAGACCAUUGAGCUGAACAACUCAGAGCAUGACCUCAGAGAGCCAGAGCUGGAGAUGGAGAGUCUGACUGGAUCACCAGAGGAGCGGUCGAGGGGGGAGUAUUCAUCCACCCUUCCUGCCACAACUCCCAGUUACACAUCUGGCACGUCCCCUACCUCCUUGUCCUCCAUGGAGGAUGACAGUGACAGCAGCCCCAGCCGCAGGCAGAGACUGGAGGAAGCCAAGCAGCAAAGGAAGGCUCGCCACCGCUCCCACGGCCCACUCCUGCCCACCAUCGAGGACUCAUCCGAGGAAGAUGAGCUGAGAGAAGAAGAGGAGCUUCUGAGAGAGCAGGAGAAGAUGAGAGAUCUGGACCUGCAGAGGAUCCGCAGUACAGCCAGGAAAACCAAGAGGGACAAAGAGGAGCUAAGGGCCCAGAGACGUAGAGAGAGAUCCAAGACUCCCCCCAGCAACCUCUCGCCCAUCGAGGAUGCCUCCCCUACAGAGGAGUUGAGACAGGCAGCGGAGAUGGAGGAGCUCCACAGAUCCUCCUGCUCAGAGUAUUCCCCUUCCAUGGACUCAGAGGCAGAGAGCUUUGAAAUGAUGAGCUCCAAGCUCUACAAGUCAGGAAGCCACCACAACCUACCCACCUUCAUGUCUCUCUACUCCCCCACUGAAAAAAAUACUGCCAUUUCACCGUUGGACAAGACACUGAAAAGUGCAGAGGAGGUGUAUGAAGAAAUGAUGAGGAAAGCAGAGAUGCUGCAGCAGAGACAGCCAGGAAGGCCAGGCCAACAACAAGGAAGUCCGCAAAGGCAACCGGCUGGAGCACCUCAGCCUAGCAGCAAACAACAUCUAGGCACUGGAGCACCUUUAACCCCUGGCUCCAGCCCCACACAAAUCUCUGCACCUGUUUCCUUCCCAAACGACCCACGUGGGGCUGGAAAAGGGGUCCCACCAGGAAUCAGUGUGACACAGCAUCUAUCGAAAGAAACCCAAGACCGGAUGAGGACGCAGACUGCCAAAAUAGGGGGUGUUAUCCCCCCCAGUGGCUGGAAGACCAGGUCCUCAGGGACCAGCACAGGGGGUGCUCCUCCUGACUCUGGAGCGCCCUCCAUCGCAUCCUCCCUCUUCUCCUAUUUCAAAGGCCCCAGUCCUCCUGUUUCCCCUUCCCCCUCUCCCUCACAGAGUCCCACUCAUUCCCUGUCCCUACGACCUACAGGGCCUGGGGUGUCCCCACAAGAUUUUCAGCCUGGCGCUGGUGGCGCAACCUCUCCAGUACCACCGCAACAACAUGGAGCCCAGAUGCCUCGAAGAACAGCAUCACCAUGCCUUGCAAGACAACAGUCCUCCUCCGACUCACCAGUAAUGGGGAUAUCGCUGGGCUCUAAGACCACCACCAGUCCUGCCAGGCCUCUGACUGUAAACUCCUCCACUUCUCCCCUGUCCUCGCCAACACAGGCUAUCCGUCAACCCAUGUAUCAGCAAUAUAUUCCUUCAACAAGCUCUCCAACGUCCCCACAAAUGCAUCUAUCGCAACAAUCCCCUCAACAUGAUUUACAGAGGACCCAAAAUGCAGAGAGGGUUAAUAUUGGUAUAAGCAUGACAAUGACAACCACAGCUACCACAUACAGUCGUGGGUCAAUAUCAAUGGAAAAUAUCUCCCUAUGUAGGAUCUCCAAUGUCCCAGGUACCUCUAGGGUCGUAGAGCAGGGCCAAAUGCAAAUGCGUCCGACUAGACCUGCAUCAGUAGUGGACCUGAGAGCACCCAGGAAGGCUGCCCCAAUCAUCAUGACAGACCAGGGCAUGGAUCUAACAUCUCUGGCAACUGAUACAAGAAGGUAUUCCCUCGAUGCUGAAAAACCCCACAACCAUCACAAAUCGGUGCAGCCACUGAAUGCUGCCAUGAAACUGAAUGCACAAGAGCAGCCGCAUGUUUCGGUAUCCACUCCAACAACAGUCAGCGUCACCGUGGCAGCCUCCAUGUUUAUAUCUCAGCCGAAGGGGCAUCCAGUGAUUUACGGAGAUCCGCUGCAGAACCGUAUGGACCUGGGGCAAGGCGUUGGAUCAGCAAUGUGUCUUACACAAACUAAGCCACCCAUUACUGACCCGUCCAUUCCUAAGAUUGAUGCGUGUCUGGAGGAUCUGGGCAUCCAGCAGCAUCAGCUCCAGAUGCAGCAGCAGAAGCUCCUACAGCAACAACAGCUCCUCGAGCAGCAGCUCCAGCAGCACCAGCAGUCUUCCUUUGCUCGCUAUAACCUAGCGAAUCAGGUCCAGCCGCUGUUGCUGAAGAAAGACCUGGUGGUUUGCCAGACGAGCAGUGGCAGUGCCCAGCCUGUGGUCAGUGUGAUUCCUAGAGUAUCUCCCAUGCCGCCCCAGCCAGCGUCUAUAGUUCUACCUCCCUCUAACAAUCAUCAUGACUAUGGUCAGAGUGGGCUUGCCUUGGAGUUGAAGAACAAGCCCACAGUUAUGAACCUGUCUACGGGAAAGCCCCAUGUCAUGAUGGUCCAACUGGAAGAUAGCAAUGCGUCUCAGAUGACCACUGUGACUCAGCUGGUCAAAGAGCCUCCUCCUCCCCAGGUCCUGGAUCUCACUGGUGGACAGAUACAGAAACCAGAGAACCAAGUGGCUUGUUGUGACGUUGUUUACAAGCUACCCUUUGCUGGUAGCUGUGCAGGUAACUUAACUCAGAAAAAUUCUACCACUGAAUCUUCCCAAGUCACUCUUCCACCCCCUGCCCCACACUACAGUGUAGGCCAGCAGAAACAACAACAACAGCCACAACAACAGCCACAACAACAACAACCACCACCUGGUAAUAAUGGCUACCAGGCAGGAAGCAUGCAAGGAGCACCAGAGGAGCGUAAACCGAUGCAGGGAGUCCCUCUAUACCCUAUACCCCUUGGAGGCAGGCUUCAACCUUCCAUGUCUGACACCAACCUUUCUAAUACAGGUCUUCAGUACUAUCAGAGGACUGACCCUUGGGACCUGGCAGUGGAUCUGAGCACCAUGAAUCAGGCCUACGAAGGAGGAUAUCUUGGCAUGGGUGCACAAUACGGAUCCUACACAGACUUAAGUCGUCAAGGAGAUGUUGCAGGUCCUCCCUUGCCCCUGCGAAGGUACGGCUCCAUGUCCAACAUCAACCAAGACUAUGGCUAUGGUCAGGCAGUUUUACCGGAUGCCAACCUGGCACAGUAUAGUGCCACCACUGCCAGGGAGAUCAGCCGAAUGUGUGCAGCUCUGAACUCUAUGGACCAGUUCGGUCAACGGUACAGCAACCCUGAGAUGAUGCAGUAUGGUUCUGGAAGUGGAGCAGGGCCUGCAGCCAGGCUCAACCUACAGCAAAGCUUAGCAUCAAUCCGAGCCAACCUACUCUAUGGCCCUGAUGGGAGGCCCACUGCACACGGCCAAGCCCUAACCAAUCUGAUCAAUGCCAGACAAGCAAGCAUACGGGCCUUAUAUCCAUCUGCAAUGAGAGGAGCUGACGGUAUGACAUAUUCCACCAUCAACACCCCAAUAGCCUCUACCUUGCCAAUAACCACCCAGCCCCCCUCUGUUCUGCAACCUAUGCCACAAGGAAUAUACCGACCUUACCCUGCAGGCGUGACCGCUGUACCACUGGCGAGCCUCACCAGGUUGCCUCAUAUGACCCCAAAGAUGCCUCUGUCCACACAGGGACAUUAUGGUUACCCUCCUCCCAACCAGUUCCCUACAAUGGCUGGUGUUCCUGGAAGUGUACCUGCCACGAGCACCUCCACCCAAGAAGCUCCUGUCUACCUUGGGAAGCCUUCUGCAGCCGUCUCUGUGCACACGGCUGCAACCUUACCACUGGCCCAGCCAAUUUCUCAUAUGGGUGGACAAACUACUGCAAUGCCAAUUCAGUCUGCAGUAGUCCCUGCAAACCAACAGACCCCCCAAACUCAAAUCCAAGCGCAGAAUGUUACGACACACCCCCAUACUCAAACUCAAAUGCAAGUCCAAAUGCAGCAACAAAUACAGUCCCAAAUACAGCAACAAAUACAGUCCCAAAUACAGCAACAAAUGCAAUCUCAAAUGCAACAACAAAUAGCAACUCAAACUCGAGCUUCAUUUCUGACUCAAACCCAGUCCCAGCCUGUAACUCAGCCUGCUCCACAGGCUCUAGUGCAGCCCCAUCUGCAGACCAUUCGCCAGAUUGCUUCUACUGCAGCAGCCAGCACCACCAUCACCACUUCGGUCGAUCCAGAGCUGGAGAAGGUAGAGGAGCGUUUGAGACAGCAACAGGAGCAGAUGCUGCAGAUGGAGCGAGAGCGCGUGGAGCUGGAGAAACUUCGGCAGAUGCGCCUGCAUGAGGAACUAGAGCGAGACCGCAUGGAGCUCCAGAGGCACAGGGAGAAAGAACAAAUGCAGGUGCAGCGUGAGAUUCAGGAGCUGCAGACCAUCAAACAGCAUGUCCUGCAUCAGCAACAAUCAGAGAGGGAGACCCAGCUGGUCAUGCAGAGGGAACAGCUAUCCCAGCAGAGGAUGCAACUGGACCAGAUCCAGUCGCUACAGCAGCAGCUCCAGCAGCAGUUGGAGGAGCAGAAGAGGCAGAAGACUGCAGUGGUGGAGGCAUCAGCCGUGGCCGCAGCAGCAGCCGCUGCAUCUGCAGCAGCAUCUGCUGCAGCCACUUCCACUCAAGGUGCCAUACAAGGGGUAGUAGUCGGAGGAGGAACUCCUCAAGCAAUGGUGACCCCAAGGCCCAUACCAAGCUCUGCUUCUGAGAUGUCCUUGAAAAACAGUGAGAAUCAGUUGGGGUCCAGGAUCAUGAAGAAGCAAAACUCUAUGCCUCGUCUUAGGGAUGGAUCGGAGGAGGAGCUGGUGAGGAGGAUUGCAGAUAGCUGCGUGCAGACUGACGAUGAAGAGGGUGAGGACAGGUACAUGAACCGCAGGGGCAGGAGAACCAGGCGGAUCGCCGACUGCAGCGUCCAGACAGACGACGAGGAUCAGGCAGCUUGGGAGCAACCGGUUAGGCGCAGGAGAUCACGCUUAUCCAAACAUUCAGACUCUAGCGGCGAGGUCAAAUCCGAUGGAACCGCCAAAGUGUCCUCCUCCAGCAUAGCCAUUCAGACCACCAACGACUCCUCAUGCCAGACUGAGGCCGACCAGUUGGGCAGGAUCUCACCUGCAAUCCACAUCACUGCGGCUGAGACAAAUAAGGUGGAGCUGCUUCACUACAUCUCUGCCCCAGAGAGAACCCAUACGGGUGAGAGCUUGGCCUGUCAGACAGAACCGGAGGCCCAGUCUCAGGGGGUGGUGGCUCCUCAGCUCAGCGUCCCCACCACCAUCAGCCCAUAUUCCACCUCUAUGCAGAUGGUGGGCUCCACCCCACCUCCUCCCCAAGGGGUGGCUAAGUUCGAAAGGAGGAAACCCGACCCUCUGGAAAUCAACUACCAAAGCCAGCAGCAGAACGAGUCCCCGUCUCGCCAGCCUCCCAAGUCUCCCCAGGUGCUGUACUCCCCUGUGUCCCCGCUGUCGCCCCAUCGGAUGCUGGAAACCACCUUCGCCUCCCAGGAGAAGCUCAACAAGGCGCACGUCACGCCCCAGCAGAAAGCUUUCACUGCAGAGUCUCCUCAGCGUCACCAGAGCCUCCCCAGACCUAUCAAGAGUGUGCAGCGCUCCAUGUCGGACCCCAAACCCCUCAGCCCCACCUCAGAAGACCCUGCCAAGAACAGGUUCUCCCCUUACCAUCAGCAGGCCCUCUCCAACAGUCAGAUGGCCACCCUGCAGCAGCAGCAGAACUCUCUGAUGAGAAAGGUGAAGAGGACCCUACCCAGCCCACCUCCAGAGGAGAGCCCUCUCCCCAUCGUCACCCCAGCCAUGUCCCACAUGUACAGCAGCUCCCCGGGGAUGCAGCCCCAGAGGGUGCUGCCCAGGCCUGCCCAGGGAGUCACCAAGGCCGGCCUGCUGAGCGAACUGAAGGCCGUGGAGCAAGAGUCCACCAAGCUCCGCAAGCAGCAGCAGGAGCUAGAGGACGAGGAGAAGGAGAUUGACGCCAAGCUGCGGUACCUGGAACUAGGCAUCCAUCAGCGCAAGGAGACCCUGGUGAAGGAGAGGGAGAGGAGGGAGCUGGCUUACAUGCGCUGCAUGGGCGACGCCCGCGACUACAUGUCAGACACCGAGCUCAAUAACUUGAGGAUGGUGGCAGCCACGGGAACGUUCGACGGUAAUGGUCUGCUGGCGAGGCCCAGCACGGCACCGCUGAGCCAGUUCCCCAACGACCUCGGCCCAGCCUCCCAGUACCCGCCCACCUCCUCCUACAUGGCCUAUCAGUACCCACAGAGCCAGCCCACGCCCACACAGCAGCCAACCGCUGCUUACCAACAGAUCGGUUUCCAGUCCCCUCAAUACUCUAUAGCCUCCCAGCCCCAGCCAGGCACCUUCCAGCCCCACCCACCCCAAGGCCCAGGCUACCAGACUCAGCCAAGCUACCCAGCCCAUGGGGGCUAUGGCCAGACUUCCUACCCGACAGACCUGGGCAUGCAGCAGCAUGGCCACCAGGGUUUCCAGCCUCCCAACCCCUCUAUCCCGGGCCAGAACCUCCCCUACCCAGGCCAGAGCCCAUAUUCUGGCCAGGGCAUGUCCUUCCUGCCGCAGGCUGAGAUCCUUACGGUCCACCAGAGGCCUCAUCAGACCUCCUUGGCUGACCUGGAACAGAAGUUGCCCACCAACUACGAGGUGAUCAGUAACCCUGCUGUGUCGGUGGCCACAUCAGCUCCAGACACCGGGUUUGGCUCAGUCUAUGCCUCCAACACCAUGCCCAAUGCCUAUGAGCAGUACCGCCCCCCGGAGCCAGGCCUGACACACGGUGUGGAUAGCUCCACGUCGUCCUACGCUGCAGACGGCCUCUACACCGCAAACCUGGAGCAGAACAUCCCCAGGAACUAUGUCAUGAUCGACGACAUCAGCGAGCUGACCAAAGAGAACACAGGCUCGUCUGUUGAUGUUCUGGGACAUCCUGUUGCAGGACGCUAUGGUGAGAAUGGCCCUGCGCACCAAACUGGCUAUGGCAAUGAGCCUGUGGACCCGUACAUGUCUGCAGGCCCCACAGGCUACCACCAGCAGGGCUCUGUCGACCCCCGGACCAGCACCACUAUAGGUGGUGGGGGAUCUUCUUAUUACUAUGAUGACUAUAAUAAACACCCCAGCACAACACGCCCGGGGACCCAGAAACACCCAUCCAAGAACCUGGCUCCCGCAGUUGUCUCCUCCGGUAAGCGCAGCAAGCACAGAAAGCAGGGCAUGGAGCAGAAGAUCUCCAAGUUCUCCCCCAUCGAGGAGGCACGGGACGUGGAGUCCGACCUGGCCUCUUACACCAUGACCACCUCCACCGGCGGCAGCUGCACUGUGGUGUCUCGGUCCGGGGUGAAGAAGAGCGGCUACGACCAGCGGAAGUACUAUGGUGGCCACCCGGGAAGCCGGGAAGCCCUGGAAGAAGAGGACCGGAUGUACGGCUCGGGGAGGUCCCGGUCUACUGGCUAUGGCAUGGACAAGAUCUCCUCCAGGGACUCCUCCAGGAGCAAGUCCUACGAGAGGGAAGCCAUGGAGCGGUCUCAGAGAGGCGGUGGUGGACGGCCCGGACUGCGCACCCAUAACUCAGAGGAGGAGAGCCCACUCAGCCCCGUGGGGAAGCCUGUGGGGGUCGGACGAGGUGGCACAGGGGUACCAGUGGACCCCCAUGACGUGAGGAACCAGUAUGGCUCCAGCCACUCCCUGCCGGAUGUCCAGGACCACCACAUGAAGGACCUGCCCAGGAGCCACGUGUACAAACCAGAUGACCCAUAUCUCGUAGACGAUCAGCACGCUGCUGUGUCGGACAGUGAAGCCUAUCAUCUGGGUCAGGAGGAGACGGACUGGUUUGAGAAGCCAAGGGAGGCUCGCUCCAACCGCUCCAGACACCAUGGGAGCGCAGGGCACAUCUCCACUGGUAGACAACAGACCGGCGCCAACGUGAAGCACACCUACCAUGACUAUGAUGAGCCUCCCGAAGAACAGGACCUGUGGCCUCAGGACGAGUACAACAACCAACCUCGCCACCCCUCGUCCACCUCAUCAUCCCGCGACCACCGUGGUCACCAAGGCAGCAGCGGCGGCAGCUCGGGGAGGCAUUCCUCUUCCCGCCACUCGGGCGAGGAGCCUCGGACGUCCAGCCGCUCCUCCAGAACACACCCCAAAGACCAAUCCGCCCGCUCUGAGGGCCGUGGAUCCUCCUCCACCCAGAAGAGGGGAGGGGAGGAACCACGCUCCUCCCGGGAUGGCUACCGGGACCGGGACUCUGGAGACUACUCCUCUCGUGACCUGGCCUCCGGCCACCACCACGAGGGCACCAGUGGCGGGUCAGAAGCCGCCAGGCUCGUCCUCCAGGAGACAGGAAGCGGUUCCUUCUGCAGGGGCCAAGCAGGGUCUGGGGCAACAGCCCCAGGGGGGUCCAGGCGGGCAGCAGCAACAGCCCCAGGGGGGUCCAGGCGGGCAGCAGCAACAGCCCCAGGGGGUCCAGGCGGGCAGCAGCAACAGCCCCUGUCAGGCAGACAACCUGGAUCCCAAGGCCCAGACGGGGGCCAACCGGCCCAGCAGCAGCAACGUACCCAGCAGCAGCAGCCUCCACAGCAGAGCCAGCCUUCCCAGACCAUAGCCGGGGGCCCUCAGGCCACUACAGUCACUGCAGGCCCAGGACCCAUAGCAGGACCAGGGCCGGCACAACAGCAGGCUAAACCUGGCCAGACUCCGGCACAAGGCCGGCAGCCAGCCGGACCUACCGCAGGCCAGCCAACAACCACAGCCGUGACUUCUGCCACACCUGCAGCAGCUAUUGGGGUGAUGAAACCUGCAGCAACGAUUGGGGGGGCAGCUGCAGCACAGCCACCCAAGACAGCUACACCACCCCUCACAGGCAUCGGCUCUAAAGCAACCCCCCCUGGAGGGAUAGGUAGCCGGCCUGGUGGGAUCGGCAUUGCAGUGGCUGGUCAGCCCCCAGCAGAGGGGGUCAACGUUCUCACCAAUAUCCUGGGAGGGGCGGGAGGCGCAGCUGAACAGGCGGGGAAACUGGGAGAUGCUAUUUCUGGCCUCGGGAAGAAGUUCACUUCAUUUUGGUGAAUGGAAGAAAGGAGGGGUAUGAGGAGUUACGAUGGAGGGGGAUUGGAGGCUUGGUACUAGAAAAAUCUAUGAAACUGUUUUCGGCAUUUUAUACAUUUCACUAUCACAAUGAAGCGGAGAAGGAGGAGGAGGGUACCUGAGUGCAUCAAUGCACCAGCAGAAUGCCAACGAGAGCCUACCUCACAGCUCCCGUAGGAGAGGGAAUGAAGAUACAAUCCUGUCUUUCUCACCUCCCUGUUUGUCUCUCUGCUUACUGAGAGAAAUAACACCUGAUCCAGGAACAGAACAGGGAGCUGUCACACCGUAGGCUUGGCUUCCGCAUCACUCAGCUUAGAAGGACAACAACGGAGGAUGCUGCUUCUUCACCUAAAUCUCUGUCAUCUUGGAGAGCACACUGAGUUUCAUCAGAGCUCUCCCAUCACAUGCUGUGGUUCUGUGAUUCUAAGACAAGGCCAGAUGGGAGCCAUUGUAGAAGGAAAUGUCACAUCUGGUCAAAAGUAGUGCACUAUAUAGGGAAUAGGGUGGCAUUUGUAAUGCAGAUUCUAAGGAGUCCACAUCUGACCAGAAUCAUUCACGACUCCACACUUUUGUGGUCAGAGGGCCUUAUAACACCAUCACCAUUAUAACACAGUGGAGGAGGGAGAUAGAUACACAGCUCAUAGGUUUUACUAGUACCAAAGAGACCUCUGCCAACUAUGACACUAACUACUACACUGGAGAAGGCAAGACGAGACAAGACAAACGGCGACAGACAAACAAACAAACAAUGCCCUGGUUAUGAACCACUUGAAUGCUUGGUUUCUAUGAUCGCUACAUUCCAGGGAACGAUGACCCUAUCUUUGAAUGUGUUUUUAUUUCUCCUCCACAUGUUGUGAUGAUAUGUCUACAGAAUGCAACAUGUACAUGUGGACACUGGAAUGAACGCACAAUAAUCAUUCAAAAAGAAACCCAUAUCUUCUUAACACUUUUUCACCACUACGUCCAGAAGAGGAUUCACCAGACAUUACUAGACGAGUAGGAUAAAGAGAGGAGAAGCUACCAGUGUGCCCACCAAUAGUGUGAGAUCCACACAGGAGAGAGGACCAGAUGGAACGCAAGCAAGCGUGACCAUGGCUGUCUUUUAGCCAUCGUAAAGCCAUCACUUGUCAAUCCCAGAGCACUUUGGGAUUUCUUUUUUUAUAUAUAUAUAAAGUAUUUUCAUCUUGUUUAAUUUCUUAUCAUUUUUGCCUGAUAUUAUUCUGAAAAGAAGAGCCUUAUUCGGUACAUAUUUUUUACUUGUAUACCUCAUAUGUUUUGAAAAGUCCAUGUCAUACCUUUCUUAAUUUCGUUUUGCACAACUAUACUUUUGUAUGUACAUAAAUCUAUCAAGACCACUGAUAAUGUAAAUUAAUUAUUAAUUUGUGUUUUUAUUCAUUUAUAUUCAUGUGACUUCUGUUUUAUGUUUUUGUUUGGUAAAUCUAUUUAUAUUUGAUGGUCUAUUGUUUUCUUAUUUAUUAUCUUAAAUUUUUUAAUAAUCUUCUGGUUGAUUUAAAGCAAUAGCAUGCAUAAAAUGAUAUACAGCACAUUGGUGUUAAUGUUGUUUAAAUUCAUGGAUGGGAAUAUCUGAAACAUGUUGAUAAACAUCAGCAAUAUGUCAGAGAGAGUUGCACAACUACACAUACACACCUAAAUCUCUAUGUUUACACUUACUCACACAGAGACAUACAUGCAAACACACACACAUGCAGGAGUGGCUGGAAGCAAUCAUAAUUAAUGUUCUAUGCAAUGAUUCAUUUUGAAACUGGAACAGACAAAAAACAAAGUUUAAUACCAUAAUGACCGAUGUUACUCACUAGAAUCCAACAACAUUGUGAACUGAAAGACAUCAAAAACCGUUAUGAACAUAUUUGUACUUUGCUAAUUGUAUUUAUGGAUCUGAAUAUUUAACUAUUGAAUGUAGACUUUUAUUUUCAUGGCAUGUUUUAUAGUACCCCAUUACUCCCCAUAUGGGGGGGACUUGUUGCCAAAGGGUUGACUGUGUAGACUGUCAGUCAUGAAUGUCCAUCUUAAUGCUUGAAGCAUGAUUUGCUUGGCUUUGUCCGGCUGUUUGUAUGCUCUCAUUCAGUCCUGGUGUGUGUGUGGCUUGACCAGGGCCCCACUGUGCCAUGGCAUGUUCAGCUGUCCAGUCUGUGCUGCUUUACAAACCUGUGAGGCGGUUGGUCAGGAAUUCUCAUUAUAAAAUGUCAUUCAGUGUGCGCAUCGGCUGUCAGUAUAUAACCUGAAGGGUGGAGGAGUCAUUUCAGGUAUCUGAUUGGUUGAUCAGACUGUACAACAAAUAGAAUGGUUCCUUAUGUCUCUGCAUUAGGAAUGGCAUCAUGUAGUAAUAGAUUAUGAGGGAAACAACUUGAUUUGCUUUGAAGCCACUAAAAGUUGCAUACAAAGAACAACAUCAAGGUAUCAUUAGUAGUUGGGGGAACAAAUGGGAGAAAUCCUAACCUCCACUUAGUCAUGCAUUGCAUUUUAAGUCGAAGUUAGGAUUCACCCUUAAAUGAACAGUCUAGAACUCAAUCAGUGGACCACUGAACCUUCCAUAUCCAAGGCUAGUCUAGAGGGAAUCUAAAGGGUACCACAGUACUGUCAAUCAGGUCAGAGAAACACAAGUCAAUCAUUCAUCCAAUCAGGGCAUGUUAUAAUUAAAGCACAAGCCUGACUGGUAUGUAAAGACAGAAAUAUAACACCAAUAGAAUUUGUGUUAUUGAUUUCAAGGAGAUGUAAAACAAAUGUGUUAUCUCGCGGUAAUAAUAUAAAUGAGAGUGCAGGAUGAAUCCAAAGAGGGACCUUGGUAUAGAUAGCUGCGAGCUCACCAUCUUUACGGAGACGUUGUGGUUGAUAAGAGAAGCAUGAGACCAGACAGCCUUCACUGACUGUAGCUGUCUAAAUGGACAGACAGACACACAAACACACAUUCUCACUGUAAAUACAGAUGGAUUCUUCUGUACAGCGUUUGAGUUCAUAGUAUGGUCGUCUUGUGCAUUCCCACACCGUACUUGCUGCCAACUUUUGUGCUUUUGUCUAUAAAAUAAUAUUUAUUGUAAUUAAAAUAUGAUUAUGAAUAUAAUGAUGAAAUAAGCAUAGUGUAUCUGGCUGGCUCGUAUUGACUGUUGGCAACAUUGGAAUAAACUUGUAUUCAGAUACAUAUUCGGUCUGUGUAGAGUUUCUAUACAUAUUGUGUUUGUAAAACAAGGAGAAAUACCUACAUGGUAAAAGUUUAUCCAGGUUGUCAUUCUAUUGUCAUUCUAUCGGGAGGUUUCAAAGUUGAUGAGAAAUUAUCAAUUUUUUAAAAAGAGAUUGAAAUAAGAGGAAAAAGCUAAUUGAAAAUGCAACAAAAAAAAUCCAUAAAAAGUCUAACUCAAGUCAUUCACUGUUGUAAGUGCAAUGGGCGAAACAUCAGUUGUGUAUCCAUUGUGAAAUCUUGUGUUCUAUUCAGUGUAUUCCUGUAAACAGAUAGAGUAACAUUUUGGUGCAUCAUGUCAUGUAAUGUGAUUAAUGAAAAUAUUGACCCUGCAAUUUCUUUCCAAUCAGGAAAAAUAAUAAAGAGAAAAUCAAGAA